AUGGUCCAUUGCGAGACGAGUAACUUUGCUUCCAAUGCUAUCACGUCCAUAUUGUUUGUAUUUAUUGCCUCAGUAGCUUACACUAUUUGGUUGACGAUCUAUCGUCUUUACUUCAGUCCAAUAUCCCAUAUCCCAGGCCCCAAAUUAGCAGCUGCGAGCUGGUGGUACGAAUUUUAUUUCCAGGUCAUCAAAGGAGGACAAUAUUUCAAAAAGAUCGCAAAACUACACGAACAAUAUAGUCCUAUUGUUCGCAUAACACCACUCGAAGUGCACAUCGAUGACCCAGAAUUCGUCGAUACAAUUUAUACCAACGCUGAGCGUCGAGACAAAACACCAUGGCACAAAAAUGCCUUCUCCUCCGAUACGUCCGCUUUCGCAACAGCAGACCAUGAUCUUCAUCGAACACGUCGUGCUACGCUCAAUCCUUACUUCUCCAAGAGCCAGAUCCGUAAAUUCGCUCCAUGGAUUCAGGAACGCGCAAACAUGCUCUGUCGUCGCUUCCAAGAGGAAUAUAAGGGGACAGACAACGUAUUGACCAUAAAUGAAGCAUUCUCUUGUCUUACUGCCGAUUCUGUCAUGGAGUAUUCUUUUGCUGAUCUCCAUAUUGCAACCAAUUUUCCUAUUCUUAUCCAACUCCAAAUUUUCAUCUUACCAAGAAGUUUUGUAACAUGGCUUGAUCCCACAUCCAAGAUUAUUUUCGCCUGGCUGAAUAACGUCGAGAGACAUGUUGACGACGUCGUGAAAGGUAGUCAGAAACAUCAAGAUGUCAAUCACGCAACUAUAUUCUCCGAGAUCCUACAAUCGAAACGACCACCGCAAGAGAACUCCAAAGAGCGCCUCUUCAACGAGGCGCAGACCGUUGUCAGUGCUGGAGUUGAGACCACGGCGUGGACUAUGUCGGUGACAUUCUUCCAUCUUCUCAACAACCCAGAAAUAAUGCAGAAAUUAAAUAAAGAAAUUGAAGAAGCUUGGACAGAUCCGGAUGUUCCGUUGGACCUACCCACGCUGGAAGCAUUACCGUAUCUGACUGCUGUCAUCCAAGAAGGCCUCAGAAUGGCCUACAGAGGAGCCGCCCGCCUCCCUCGCAUCUCCCCAGACAAAGACAUCCCCUACACCAUCCCCUCAGCAUCAUCAUGCACCACAACGAAAACCGUCUUCCCCUCUUCUCACACCUUCGCGCCCGAACGCGGGCUCGCCUCUCCACCUCCUCACCUGCGUAACGGAAAGGAAUCCCCGCUGUCGAGAUACAUGAUCUCGUUUUCGAAGGGUAGUAGGAAUUGUUUGGGCAUGCAGUUGGCGUAUGCGGAGCUGUAUAUUACGUUGGCGAACGUGGUGAGGAAGAAUAAGUUUGUGUUGUGGGAGACGGGAUUAGAGGAUGUGGUGGCUGAUAGGGAAUUUUUGUUGGCGAGGCCAAAGGAGGGGUCGUUGGGGAUACGGGUUAAGGUUGUUUGA